UAAGAUCAUCCAUAGCAGUUUGGAUUCCAGACAUCAUCAAACCUGUCUUCAAUUCUCUUCUGAUCGAUGUCAACAGCCAAUGUGGAAGAAAGAGGAAGUCUACCUGGAGCAGAUGAUUACACACAGGAUGGCACUUUGGACCUCAAAGGAAGACCCGUUCUUAGAUCGCUCACCGGAAGAUGGAAGGCCUGUUACUUCAUCGUCGGGUAUGAGACCUUUGAGAGGAUGGCAUACUAUGGGAUUGCAUCAAACCUUGUGAUAUACCUAACAAACAAGCUGCACGAGGGCACCGUGACGUCGGCCAACAACGUCACCAACUGGAUCGGCACGGUUUGGAUGACGCCGCUCCUAGGCGCAUACAUCGCUGACGCUUUUCUCGGCCGAUACUGGACUUUCGUCAUCGCAUCUGCAGUUUACCUUGCGGGAAUGUGUCUACUGACGCUGGCGGUUUCGCUGCCGGCGCUGAGGCCGCCUUCUUGCGGGGGCGGCGUAAAGGAAAUCGACUGCGAUAAAAGAGCCUCGACGCUUCAGAUAGCCGUGUUCUACGGCGCGCUUUACGUGAUUGCGGUAGGAACAGGUGGCACAAAGCCGAACAUUUCAACGAUGGGAGCGGACCAAUUCGACGAUUUUGAGCCGAAAGAGAGGCUCCAAAAGCUCUCCUUCUUCAACUGGUGGAUGUUCAGCAUCUUCCUUGGCACCCUCUUCUCGAACACUUUUCUCAUCUACAUUCAAGACCACGUUGGCUGGGCCAUUGGCUACGCCCUUCCUACCGCCGGUCUAGUUGUGUCCGUCGUCGUUUUCAUCAUCGGGACACCUUAUUACAGACACAAGCCCCCAACAGGGAGCCCGCUGUCGAGAAUGGCUAGAGUCAUCGUCGCCGCAGCUAGGAAAAGGGGAGCCGCAACGCCUAAUGAUCCCAAGGAGUUGCACGAGAUGAGCUUUGAGGAGUAUGCGAAGUCGGGAGAGAUUAGACUUGAUCACUCCUCUUCUCUCAGCGUUCUCGACAAAGCCGCCGUGCGAAGCGGUCCGGCGUCGCCGUGGAUGCUAUGCACAGUGACGCAGGUCGAGCAGACGAAGCAGAUGAUCAAGAUGAUCCCGAUACUAUUGGCAACGUUCAUCCCGAGCACGAUGGUGGCGCAGAUACCCACGCUCUUCGUCAAGCAAGGCGCGACUCUAGAGCGCCACCUCGGACCCCAUUUCAAGAUCCCGCCGGCAUGUCUCACGGCGUUCGUCACGAUCUUCAUGCUGAUCUCCAUCGUCAUCUACGACCUCUACUUCGUCCCUUUCGUCCGAAAAUACACGAAGAAUCCGAGAGGGAUCACUCUGCUGCAGAGGAUGGGGAUCGGCAUCGUGCUCCACAUUAUCAUCAUGACCGGCGCAUUCUUCGCCGAGAGGAGACGGCUCGGCGUCGCGCGGGAACACGGGAUUCGACGCGCCGACCAGACGGUUCCUCUCUCCAUCUUCAUCCUUCUCCCACAGUUUGCUCUCAUGGGAAUUGCAGACAACUUCUUGGAAGUGGCGAAAAUCGAGUUCUUCUACGAUCAAGCUCCCGAAGGCAUGAAGAGCCUCGGGACGGCCUACUUCACGACGAGCUUGGGAAUCGGACACUUCUUGAGCAGCGGCCUGCUGUCGUCUGUGGCUGACGUUACGAAGAAAUACGGCGACGGAUGGAUUAAGAACAACCUUAAUAUAUCUCACCUGGAUUAUUUCUAUGCCUUCUAUGCAGUGCUCAGCUUUCUGAACCUUAUCUUCUUUCUGGUUGUUGCUAAGAUGUUUGUGUAUAACACAGAGGUGAGCACACAAAUGGAGUUGCAGAAAUUGAAGGAAGAUGAUGGAGAGAAUUACAGGAAAAGUGAAGAGGUUUCUUUGGAUGACAGAACAAGCACAGAAGGAAUUCUCAAGAAAUGAAGUAGAAUUUGUGGAUUUGUCCUGUGAAAUUGCUCACCUGCUAUCGCUGUUAUCAGCAAACUGUUAGAACAAACAAUGUGAUUUUUAGGCAUUCAAUGUCAUUAGGUAAAUUUAGGAAAAUAGGGAGAAAUUUGAAUUUCGAAGGAUAAACAUAAUGUUGGAUAAAUUUGUAUUUG